AUGAAAGAACAUUAUUCCAGAUGCAAAAUCGAAACUACUUGUCGUCUUGCACAAGCACAAUGCACAUUCAAUUUCGGUGACUAUUAUCUUUGCGAAUCCGAUCCUUUCACCAUCGCCAUCUGGAACUGGAAUUUUUCUAUGGAUUGGGCUGCUUCUUGUAUCACGUUGUCUGCGAAAAUAAGGGACAAGGUUCCCAUUGCGUCUUUCGUUAUUCGAAUAAUUGACUCUGCCAAAGAUCGCAAGGUCUUGGCUAAAUUAGAGGUAAAAGAUAAAUUGCUUAAACAAGGAGAAAGAUUUGAGUGGAAAGUUGGGUUACUUCCAGGGAGAUUUAUUAUCGACCUUGAGUUUCUCGAUUUGAAAGCUUCAUCUCCAAAUGGAACAGAUGUUUGUUCCAUUUGGCCUACCAAAAUCAUGAAUCAGAAACCAAAUUCUGCAGUUCUUGAAUCUGUUGGUCGAAUGCUGACAGAAAAAAUCCAUACUGACAUAACAAUAAAUGCUUCAGAUGGAAGCAUUGGAGCUCACCGCGCAGUUCUUGCUGCUCGAUCACCUGUUUUUCAUAGCAUGUUCAAACACAAUCUAAAAGAGAAUCAUGAUUCCAACAUAAACAUCUCAGACAUGUCAAUAGAAUCUUGUCAAGCAUUCAUAAACUAUCUUUAUGGUAUCAUUGAAGAUGAAGAAUUUUUCAAGCAUAGAUUGGAGCUUCUUCAUGCGGCAAACAAAUAUGACAUUUGUGGUUUAAGAGAUGUAUGCAGUGAGAGCCUUGCAGAGGAUAUUGAUUCAAGCAAUGUUCUUGAGAGGCUUCAGGAUUCAUAUAUGUAUCAAUUGCCAAAGCUGAAGCUUCAUUGCAUGCAAUAUCUUGUCAAGUUUGGAAGGAUAUUUGACAUUAAAGAUGAUUUCAAUGCAUUCUUGCAAACUGUAGAUAAGGAUUUGGUUAUUCAACUCCUUGGUGAAGCUCUUAGUGUCUGUAAAGGCUCUUAAUUUUUUUCCACCUCAAAUAAGCAUAGAGAAAUAGCUUGUUUUUAUUACUUAAAAGAUUUGUUCCCAUUUGAUGGAUGCAGUUCUAUUACUUGAAUGGAUUUUUUUUUUAUUU